GUUCCUCCCCGGCCGGUCCGGUCCAGCCUUUCCCAGCAUGCAUCGGUGACGAGCCGGGAGACACGAUGAUGUCGCAGCUGAGACGGACGUUUUCCGUCCUAAAACCUGCGACCGGACCCCGGCGGUCCUGCACCGGUUCCUGCACCGGUUCCCGCGGCCUCUUCGGCGGCCCCACCGGCGGCGGGUUGGUCCUCCAGUCCCGGUCCACAGACGUGCACCAGAACCUGGCCCUGGAGGACUGGAUCGACGCCCACGUGGACCUGACGCAGCGCCGCCUGCUGCUGCUGUGGAGGAACCGGCCGGCCGUGGUGAUCGGCCGCCACCAGAACCCCUGGAGCGAGUGCAACCUGCCGGCCAUGCGGCGGGCGGGGAUCCCCCUGGCCCGGCGGCGCAGCGGCGGCGGGACGGUCUACCACGACCCGGGGAACCUCAACCUGACCUUCUUCACCUCGCGGCGGGACUACGACCGGCAGAGGAACCUGAAGGUGGUGACGGAGGCGCUGAGGCGGAUCCGGCCGGAACUGGACGUGCAGGCGACCGACCGCUUUGACGUGGUGCUGGACGGACGCUACAAGAUCUCAGGCACGGCGUCCAGACUGAGCAGGAAGUCGUCCUACCACCACUGCACCUUGCUCCACUCUGCCGACGGCUCCACCCUCUCCGCCGUGCUCCGCCCCUCCUGUCCCGGUAUCCAUAGCAACGCCACGCCCAGCGUUCCCUCGCCUGUGGCCAACCUGAUAGACCACGCCCCCUCGCUGGGGUGGGAGGAGCUUGUGGAGGCGCUGGUGCAGCAGCACAACACAGAGUUCGGGCUCGGCUCCGCCUCCACCCUGGUGGACCCGGCCGACGAGUCCUCGUUCCCCGGCAUCGGCGGCCUGGCGGCCGAGCUGCGCAGCUGGGAUUGGACGUUUGGUAAGACGCCUAAAUUCAGCGUGGACACGGCGCUGGAGCUGGAGGACGGGCGGGGCUCGGCCCGCUGCUCCGCCCGGCUGCAGGUGGAGGUGAAGGCCGGCCGGGUGGAGGUCUGCCGGGUGGACGUCCCGGCCCACUGGCUCCCGGAGCGCCUGAGUCUCCGGGUGAGCCAGGCUCUGGUCGGGGAGCGGUUCUGUCCGCACGCCGCGGCCGCGGUCCUCGCCGAACUGCUGCGGUCUGAGAACGGACGCCUGCAAGGACGACUGCUCAACCUGUGUGAGGCGCUGCAGUCCGCCAUGGGCUGAGCUGCUGCCCCUGCAGGCUGCUGCCCCCUGCAGGCUGCUGCCGGCAUUACAACCACAGAGAAACCAGAUGAUGCCAGACUCUCACGGACAGCAGGACUCAGCUCUGACGAUUCUAUUGACCCAGAAGUUUCUGUUAUUAUAACACGAAUCACUGUAAUUUUUUUCCUGAUUUUUAUUUUUUUUGGUAAAAUCAAUUAAAAAAAUACAAACAAACAACAAAA